AUGAGCAACUCACCCUCGACAAAGGAGAGUGUCCCAUCUCAACAGCAGCAACAGCAACAGCAACAGCAACAUCAUGGAACGACUGAAGUACUUGAGAACUUUGUGGCGGGUUUCUCAUCAGGGGUCACUGGCACUGUGAUUGGUUACCCUCUUGAUUUGCUCAAGACAAGAAUGCAAGUGGCAAGCAAGGAUUACAAGCCAGGUACAUCGCCUACCAUGUGGAGAAUGAGUGUCUCCAUUCUAAAAAAUGAAGGAAUCCGAGGUCUGUUCAAAGGACUCAUGGCACCCUUGGUAUCUAUUUCGUUCUUGAGCUCCACCACAUUUGGCUCCUAUACAUGGCUACGACGAAAAGUUGGGGCUCAAAAGGGUUGGGAUGUACGGAAUGCAGUUGCUGCUGGCGUAACCGCUCCUGUCAUGAGUUGGGUUACCACCAUGGAAGGUGUGGUUAGGACACAAAUGCAAAUGGACAAUGUCGGCAAGAAACAAUAUCAUGGGUCAUGGCAUUGUCUUACAACAAUCUCCAAAGUUCACGGUGUACAUACUUUAUUCACUGGCCUGGCAGUCACAACCUUGAGAGAUGCAGCAUACCUUUGUGCAUACUUUUAUGUCUAUGAAGGUCUGAAGGCAACACUGACUGGCAAUGGCUUCCAAAACAACUAUUUCACAGUUCGCCCAGAGCUGGCAGUCCCACUGGCUGGUGGCACAGCGGGGGCAAUGGCAUGGCUCUGCAGUUUUCCUGUUGACUGUGUCAGAGCUGGAGUGCAAGGCCAGAAUCUAGAAAUCAAUGCCAAUACUAAUCCACAUCGAAAGAAGGGGCGACAGGUAUUCCAAGAGCUCAUGGCAUCUCGAGGAAUCCGGGCUCUCUACCGUGGUGUUGCACCAACCAUUAUGCGAGCAUUUAUCGUGAGCAGUUCACGGUUCAGUGCCUAUGAAGUAACAAUUUGGGCCUUGCGAAGAAACAGGGAGUACGAGUACUAG